UGAACAGUUUUCAAAACCCUAGCAAGUUAGCGCCUUUGCAUCUUACUCAUGGCCCUCUUCCUCCGUUGUCUUCUUCUAGGCGGCAGAAAGCAAUGCAACCCUAAGAAUUUAGGUUUCGUGGGCUCACAUUUGACUAUGCAUCAUCCUAUUCCUUCUUUGUCUUUUUUCACCACCACCACAACCACCGGAACCACCACCCUUCCGGCGGAGGAAGGAAGUCUCGUCGAGCAUCAUCAUAGGAGGAAAGAAGCAAAGCCCUUUCGAGAAACCCUAGGAGGAGGCGGUUUGGGAAAUUUAGGUGUUGCGCCGUCGGAGAAACAGCGAGUCGUUCACAUAAACCCUCGCGUCAAAUUCCUAGGCCGAUUCGCGGUGUUCGCCAUCGGUGACCCGGAGAAUCUGGAUCUUGAGUUUGAUAGUGUGGUCAAUGCCAAGGUUCAACUGCUCAGAAAUGGCCGAUUCUACUAUAUUACUAUUCAGGCAUUGGAUGGUGGUGGGAUCAAAAGGUUCUACGAAGCUCAUGUUCUUGAUACCCUCAUCGAAAGGAACAGCAUCUCCUUGAAAGAAUGGUGCGAGCUUAAGUCUCCUCCUCCUGGUUUGACUGAAUGGGGAUUCAAAAUUGAUGAAUCCUCCUCCUCUUUUGAUUCUUCCCAACAAUGCUGCAGCCCAGAUAAUCGCAGCGUGAACACCAAGAAGAGGAAGAAGACGAAGCGCAGAUAUGCUAAACAAGAGUUUAUUAUACUAACCUUGCGUCACGCCGAAGGGAGGAAUAUCACUGAGAGGAUCGUUAUUGAUCGAAUUGUAUUGUCCUUCACGUGCAGAUCCAUUGUUGUCACUAAGGAAAUGCACGAAAAAGGUGGGUAUAAUUAUCAUGUUGGAAUUUUGAAUAGAGAUGUGACGAGAUCCACAGCUACUAAGGUCUUGAAAGAGAAGUUCGCUGAGUUUGGGGAAGAAGAAUUUGAAACUAAACACCACGGGGCGUGGGGGUCCAUCUGUGCUUAUUUAACUGAGCAGGAUAAUGGCCUUUUUGUUUGGGGGGAGUGGAACGCAGAUCAAAUCAAAGAGAUAGGUCAUCUAUACAAACAGAAGAAAGAGAGUCGACUCGCCGUACUUAGCUGAGAAAGCCCAUCAUUAGAUGAGAAGGUAUAAUUGAUGUGUUGGCUUGAGAUUGAACUAUUCGGCUCCCUUUUUAGUGAAAAACAGAGGAUUGAGUCGCUUGGAGGCGAGAUUAUUCCUCUUCUGUAAAUAUUAACGGUAGAAAGCUGUAAACUUAGGCCUUGUUUGGCACGCUUUGUGUUUUUGGCAUUUUGUUUUAGCCUAAAACAAAACAAGUGUUUUGUUAUGGAGUUUUUUGAGUUGAAAACGGAAACAUGUUUGACGACGAAAAUUUGUAGUGGGAAUUUCGGAACAGAAACAUAUAUAACAUGUUUGGCAAAGUGUUUUGUUAUGGA